AAAUGAUAAGGUUGAAGAAUAUUAUUGGAUCAGCUAUUCAUAUUUAAACUUCGUUUUUUAGAUUUUCUAAUCAAACUCCUCAACCACCUUCUGAUUAACCAUUUAAAAAGGUGUUAUUUUCAGGAAAGAGUGCCGAUAAGCAAAAGAAAUAAAAUUAAAAAUCAGAAUAGAGACAGCAAAAUUAACAAAAAAAAGAUCUUAAUGAAAGUUAAUAGAGUGAAUAAAGUGCUCCAUAGAAGAAAUAUGAGAGGCAUUUUGAUAGAUAAUAAUUCCAUAAAUAAAAAUUUGAUGAUCCUAGACCUAAUAGGAAUGAAAGAGAUCGUAGAUCACCUGAAUAAUAAUAAUAAUAAUAAUAACAAUAAGAGACCCCAAAAAAAACAGGAAUUUUAUUUGGGAAUAAAACUCGUGAACAUAAGUAGCAAUUAGGAAGGUUUGUGUCCAAAAGAAACUUCAAUUAAAUUCUGAAAAAAAAACAAGAGACAGAAAAACAAAGUGAAAAGAUAUUUAUAGACCAACUCAAUGAAGCUUAGAAUAUUAAAAAUGUCCAUGAGAGAAAUACUAUAUUAAUAGAUAUCUAUGCAAGUCAAAGCAAAUGGGAUAAAGUUAAAGAGAUUUUUAAAUCAGAAAAACAAUUUAAUUCUGGUGUCUAUUCAGCUUACAUAAACUAAAUAGCUUCUCAUUCUGUAGACCUUUCAGAUUAUGAACUCCUCAAAAAUAUUCUAAAUUAAGUUGGUGAUAAAGUGCAUACUCUUAAACCAGAAGCUUUCCAAUCACUUUACUUCAUGAUUUUCAACCUUGAUUUGUUUCCCAAUGAAAAAGUAUUUAAUAUUAUUCAUAAUUAUAAUAGGCUAUAGAAUUAGAGUACCUAAUAGACAUCGUUACAACUCAUCACUUAGCCCCAUAAUUUGAUUUAACUUAUUUCCAAACUCUUUUUGACGAAUAAUCCUUAGAGAGUGAAAAAACAAGUCACUUACUGGUCAUCAAGGUGUUCAAUCGAUAUUUUGAAAGACAUGCCUAAUAGAAUAAGGGUAAAUCUAUAGUGGAUUUACCAAAUUUACAUGUAGCUUUUGCAUUAGCAGUUAAAUCCACUAUUUUCUAUAAUACCAAUGAUGCUUAGAAUUUCCUCACUCAUUUGAAAGCCCUUUAAUAACUAGCUGAAAAUAAUGUUAAAUUAGAUGACUUAGUCAGAUAUGCAUAAUAGUAACUAUAAUAUCUAAUUUUAGUAUUUCCAUAUAAGAGAAUUCUUUUGUAUAAUUAUUGGAGUUGUUCAAAGGAAUAAGGAAUCCUACUUUUAUAUUCUUAUUUGAAUAAUCAUUAAAAAAGUUAGAUGCACAUGGAAAAGAAAUUAGGGCCAUAGAUAAAGAAUAAUUGGAAAAACUCUAUUUUGAAAAGGCUGAAAAUUUACCUGUUAGACAAGCUGAACUUUUUGGUUUGUUUGCUGAUCGAUUCUAAUACCCUGAAUUUUUAGUUGAAAUCUUCUCGAACCAUAAAUAAAAUAAGUAAAAUGAAUACUCUAGUUUCUUGUAUCAAAAAGCAAUUGGAGUGUUGAUAGAUCUAUCAGGAGGGAAGAAUGUAAGCAAUGCUGUGGUAAUAUCUAUAACAAUUAUAAAUUAGUUGACAUUAAUGUAAGAGGCCAAUAGUUUCAAAGUACCAUUAUCAAAAGUGAAUUAUUAGAUCAAUCAAAUUAAGGCUCACAUUAAGGAAGGCCAAUACCAAUUGGCUUACAACCUCUUCACCUAAAAUGUUAUCGAUGAUAUCAUUUUGUAAUUUUAGAAGUAUGCUAUAUUUCAUAUCCAAUUAUAGAGAGAAAAUUAGGAGAUUUUUGUAUAAAUAUGUUCAAAAAAUCCAUAUGGGUACAAAAUUCAGAUUAAGAUCCAAUAUGAAAACAUAUUUAAGAAAAAUUAAACACGUUGAUGAUUUUAUAAAAAGUCUUUCUGAUAAAUAACUGUUUGACUUUUAUAAGGAAGAGAGGUCGGAUAAUUUCUUAUUAGAAUCAUUGACUGAAUAAGAGGAUAUCUUUGAAUUUAAUAAGUAGAUUGCCUAUAGAGAGGCCUUUAAUCAAAUCAAGACUCAAGUAGCCCAUGGUAUAUUUGACUAUUAGAAAUUGUAAUAACUAUUUUUAAUUUAAUUAGAUUGCAACCUGUCACAGAGAGUGAAUAAAUUCUGAGAGAAGUGUUUGAUAAUUAUGAAUAUUAUGUGAAACUUGAGAAGAAAUUGCUGUUUGAUGAGAGAAAGAAAAAGAGAAUUAAUAGUGUAAUUGAUUAACUAAGAACACGACCUGGCUAGAGAAGAACAUAUGAAUAAACACUCACUGAAAUUGAGGGUCUAUUUAAGAAAAGUACGAUUGAAUAUGGAUUAAUGAGAAAUGAUUUGAUUGAAUUUCCAGAAGUUGAAUAGAUUUAGUAGAUGUAAAUAAGUAUGAAUUUCAUUCAAUAUUUAAAUAGAAAUGAAGAAAGAAUUAACAAAAUUAGGGUUGCCAGUUGAGAAGUACAAGGCAAACAUAAUAACAUUCUAGCCUUUCUAGCCUUAGUAAAUGAAUUCUUAACAAGAAUAAGAAGAAAUUGAAUAAAUUCCCAAUGAAGUUCUGAAAAAGGAUGGUGAAACUACUAAGUAAAAAGGAAAAUCUUAAAAAACUGCUUCAUUCAAAAAUGUUGAUAAAAUAAUUGAUGAUCAUUUGGCCAAAGCCAGAGAUGACUAAAAGAAUUUAAGACACAUUGAAAAAUGGAAAAAAUAUCUCAAAAUUAUGUAAUAAGGUCUAAAAUUUAAACAUAAAAUGUAUUCUGACAAGAAUUUCUUUAAAAAAAUUAUUCGUUUAAAGUAUUAACAUGGUACCACCGAUGAAAGUAUGAGAGAGUUGGUUAAUCUCAAAUUAAAAUUAAAGAAUAUUAGGCGUAGAAAAAGAUGGUUUAUAAGAAAUAGAUUAAAAGAAAAGCCAUCAAAAUUAUCUGUAUUUAUCAAUGGCAGUGUUUCAUUAGGCGACUUCUAAUUUAUGAAAUACAUUUAUUACAAUGCUUACACAUAAUAUGAUGAAUACAUUAAUGUACCUCCUAGCAAUUACUAAAGUGAAAUUUGGGAUUUGUUAGCUUGGGGUGUCCAAAACUAAGAACCCAUGGGUAUUUAAUUAAGAUUAAAAUUUAGCUGUGAAAUUGGCAGAAUUAUAUAGCCAUACUUGUGGUGCUAAAAUGCCUGAAUAUUUGGCUAAAUUAGUAGCAAACUUUUAUAAGUUUGAAGUUGGAGACACUAGUAAUUAUUAUAGUUAUUUUCAUAGAUUCCUAAGUUAGAUAGCGAUGGAUUUAAUCAAUGGAAAUUGUCAACGAUAUCAGUACUAACAGAGUAUAUUCCCACACAAAUGAUGAAGCAUUUGUAUCCUAAUAGGAUAUUGAGUUCUUACAUGCAAUGGAAUGCAAGCAAGAAUACAAAGGAGUAUGUAGAGCAUUAUUGAAUACAACUCAUUCAUAUCGUAAAUUUGUUAGAUAUGGUGUAUCAGCAAAAGAAUUGUUGGUGUGAUUUAUUUAGAGAUAUAUUUAAAGCAACA